ACAGAAUGUGCUACUGUAACCUGCAUUUUAACAGCCACUGAUGCCAUUUCCCCUUUUGUUUCUCAUUCCAGCGAUCUACAACUACAAUGCCUCUCAAGAGGUGGAGCUGUCCCUGCAGAUCGGAGACUCGGUUCACAUCCUGGAGAUGUAUGAGGGUUGGUACCGAGGAUAUACCCUCCAAAAUAAAGCUAAAAAGGGUAUUUUCCCUGAGACGUAUAUCCAUUUGAAAGAGGCAACUGUGGAAGAUCGAGGGCAGAACGAGACCGUGAUUCCCGGGGAGCUCCCGCUGGUGCAGGAGCUCACGGCCACGCUGCGAGAAUGGGCUGUCAUCUGGCGGAAGCUCUACGUGAACAACAAGGUCAGUCUCUUCCGCCGGCUGCAGCAGAUGACAUACAGCCUGAUCGAGUGGCGGUCCCAAAUCCUGUCUGGAACACUCCCCAAGGACGAGCUGGCAGAGCUCAAGAAGAAGGUCACAGCCAAAAUCGAUCAUGGGAACAGAAUGCUUGGGUUAGAUCUGGUCGUGCGAGAUGACAACGGAAACAUCUUGGACCCAGAUGAAACCAGCACGAUUGCCCUCUUCAAGGUGCAUGAAAUGGCCUCAAAAAGGAUUGAGGAAAGGAUUCAAGAAGAAAAGUCACUCCUGCAGAACCUGGACUUGCGGGGCCAGUCCAACUUCAAUACCUUCCACACCUAUGGCCUCUAUGUUAACUUCAAGAACUUUGUGUGCAACAUCGGGGAAGAUGCAGAGUUGUUCAUGGCCCUCUAUGACCCUGACCAGUCCACGUUCAUCAGUGAGAACUACCUAAUUCGUUGGGGCAGUAACGGGAUGCCCAAGGAAAUCGAGAAGCUUAAUAACCUUCAGGCGGUUUUCACUGACCUCAGCAGCACCGACCUCAUCCGGCCCCGCAUCAGCCUCGUGUGCCAGAUCGUCCGGGUGGGCCGCAUGGAGCUGAAGGAGGCCAAAAAGCACACCUGUGGACUGCGGAGACCCUUUGGGGUAGCAGUGAUGGAUAUCACCGACAUCAUACGUGGGAAGGUGGAUGAUGAAGAAAAGCAGCAUUUUAUUCCCUUCCAGCAAAUCGCCAUGGAAACCUAUAUCCGGCAGAGGCAGCUAAUCAUGUCGCCCCUGAUAACAUCCCAGGUGAUCGGGGAAAAUGAGCCACUCACUUCAGUCCUGAAUAAAGUGAUAGCAGCGAAGGAAGUGAACCACAAAGGACAAGGACUUUGGGUGUCCUUGAAGCUAUUGCCAGGUGACCUCCCGCAAGUUCAGAAGAAUUUUUCACACUUGGUGGAUAGAUCAACAGCAAUCGCCCGGAAAAUGGGCUUUCCUGAAAUAAUUCUUCCAGGAGAUGUUCGGAAUGAUAUUUAUGUCACCCUGAUCCAUGGGGAGUUUGACAAAGGGAAAAAGAAGACGCCAAAGAACGUGGAGGUGACCAUGUCUGUGUGUGACGAGGAGGGCAAUACCUUGGAGAAAGCACUUCAUCCCGGCGCUGGAUACGAAGGCAUUUCGGAGUACAAAUCAGUGGUCUAUUACCAAGUCAAACAGCCCUGUUGGUAUGAGACUGUCAAGGUAUCCAUUGCUAUCGAAGAGGUUACUCGCUGCCAUAUACGGUUCACCUUCCGACACCGAUCAUCGCAGGAAUCCAGAGAUCGAUCGGAGCGAGCAUUUGGGGUGGCCUUCGUGAAGCUGAUGAAGGCGGACGGCACCACCCUGCAGGACGGGAGGCACGAUCUGGUGGUUUAUAAGGGAGACAACAAGAAAAUGGAAGACGCUAAGUUCUACCUGACCCUGCCUGGGACCAAGGCAGAGAUGGAAGAAAAAGAGCUGCAAGCAUCCAAAACCCAGGCCAGCUUUGCCGCCACCAAGGAGAGCACCAAAGACAGUUUCCAGAUCGCCACCCUCAUCUGCUCCACGAAGCUCACGCAGAACGUUGACCUGUUAGGCUUGUUGAAUUGGCGUUCGAACUUCCAGAAUAUUAAACACAACCUAAAGAAGUUAAUGGAGGUGGAUGGAGGAGAGAUUGUUAAGUUUUUGCAGGAUACACUCGAUGCACUUUUUAAUAUAAUGAUGGAAAUGUCAGACAAUGAAACAUAUGACUUUCUUGUGUUUGAUGCACUGGUGUUCAUUAUUUCACUGAUCGGAGACAUCAAGUUUCAGCAUUUUAACCCCGUCCUGGAAACCUACAUUUACAAGCACUUCAGUGCCACCUUGGCCUACGUGAAACUCUCCAAGGUACUGAACUUCUACGUGGCUAAUGCAGACGACUCCAGCAAGACAGAGUUGCUUUUUGCUGCUUUGAAAGCCUUAAAGUACUUGUUUAGAUUCAUCAUCCAAUCUAGAGUGCUCUACUUGAGAUUUUAUGGCCAAAGUGAAGAUGGAGAUGAAUUUAAUAACUCAAUCCGCCAGUUAUUUCUCGCUUUCAAUACACUAAUGGACAGGCCUCUGGAGGAAGCUGUGAAGAUCAAGGGCGCAGCUCUGAAGUACCUUCCUAGCAUAAUUAACGACGUCAAACUGGUGUUCGAUCCUGUUGAGCUCAGCUUGCUCUUCUGCAAGUUCAUUCAGAGCAUCCCUGACAACCAGUUAGUUCGCCAGAAGCUGAACUGCAUGAGCAAGAUCGUAGAGAGUAAUCUUUUUCGGCAGUCGGAGUGCAGAGACGUGCUCCUGCCGCUGCUCACAGACCAGCUCAGCGGCCAGUUAGACGACAACUCCAGCAAGCCUGACCAUGAGGCCAGCUCGCAGCUUCUGAGCAGCAUCCUGGAAGUGCUGGACAGGAAAGAUGUGGGCCCCACGGCCAUGCACAUACAGCUGAUCAUGGAGCGGCUGCUGAGGAGGAUCAAUCGGACCGUGAUCGCGAUGAACCGGCAGUCUCCACACGUGGGGAGUUUUGUUGCGUGCAUGAUUGCCAUCCUGCGGCAGAUGGAUGACAGCCACUACACCCACUAUAUCAACAUUUUCAAAACCAACCAAGACAUCAGUGACUUCCUCAUGGAAACUUUUAUCAUGUUUAAGGAUCUGAUUGGAAAGAAUGUUUAUGCCAAAGACUGGAUGGUCAUGAAUAUGACUCAGAGCAGGGUUUUCCUCCGCGCCAUAAACCAGUUUGCUGAGGUUCUCACAAGGCGUUUCAUGGAUCAGGCAGGCUUUGAACUUCAGCUCUGGAACAAUUACUUCCAUUUGGCAGUGGCGUUUCUCACCCACGAGUCCCUUCAGCUUGAAACCUUCUCUCAAGCCAAGCGCACCAAAAUUAUGAAAAAAUAUGGGGACAUGAGAAAGGAAAUCGGCUUUAGGAUCCGGGACAUGUGGUAUAACCUAGGUCCCCACAAAAUUAAAUUCAUCCCGUCCAUGGUGGGUCCCAUUCUGGAGGUCACAUUGACCCCUGAAGUAGAGCUUCGCAAAGCCACCAUCCCCAUUUUCUUUGAUAUGAUGCAGUGUGAGUUCAAUUUCAGUGGAAAUGGCAAUUUCCAUAUGUUUGAGAAUGAGCUGAUCACAAGGCUGGACCAAGAGGUGGAAGGGGGCAAAGGAGAUGAGCAGUACAAGGUCCUUCUCGAAAAGCUGCUCCUAGAACAUUUCCGGAAACAUAAAUACCUCUCCAGCUCAGGAGAAUCAUUCGCGCUCCUGGUCAGCAGCCUCCUCGAGAACCUCUUGGACUACAGGACCAUCGUCAUGCAUGAUGAGAGCAAGGAAAACCGGAUGAGCUGCACUGUCAAUGUGCUGAAUUUUUAUAAAGAAAAGAAGAGAGAAGACAUAUACAUAAGAUACUUGUACAAGCUGCGGGAUUUGCACCGAGACUGUGAGAACUACACGGAGGCUGCCUACACGCUGCUCUUACACGCUGAGCUUCUACAGUGGUCUGACAAGCCCUGUGUGCCCCACCUCCUUCAGAGGGACAGCUACUAUGUGUAUACCCAGCAGGAGCUGAAGGAGAAGCUGUACCAGGAAAUCAUAUCCUAUUUUGACAAAGGCAAAAUGUGGGAGAAGGCAAUCAAGCUGAGCAAAGAGCUGGCGGAGACAUAUGAGAGCAAAGUGUUUGACUACGAGGGCCUUGGCAACCUCCUGAAAAAAAGAGCCUCGUUCUAUGAGAACAUCAUUAAGGCCAUGAGGCCGCAGCCCGAAUACUUUGCUGUGGGAUACUACGGACAGGGCUUCCCUUCUUUCCUACGGAACAAAGUCUUCAUCUACCGGGGGAAGGAGUAUGAGAGGCUAGAAGACUUCAGCCUGAGGUUGCUGACCCAGUUCCCCAAUGCCGAGAAGAUGACCAUCACCACACCCCCGGGAGAGGAAAUCAAGUGCUCCCCGAAGCAGUACAUGCAGUGUUUCACCGUCAAGCCAGUGAUGAGCCUGCCGCCCAACUACAAGGAUAAACCGGUUCCGGAGCAGAUCUUAAACUACUACAGAGCCAACGAAGUGCAGCAGUUCCAAUAUUCGCGGCCAUUCCGGAAAGGAGAAAAGGAUCCGGACAACGAAUUUGCUACGAUGUGGAUUGAAAGGACCACGUAUACGACUGGGUACACCUUUCCUGGGAUCCUCAAGUGGUUUGAAGUCAGGCAGAUUUCAACAGAGGAAAUCAGUCCUCUGGAGAAUGCCAUCGAAACCAUGGAACUCACCAAUGAGAAGAUCAGCAACUGUGUUCAGCAGCAUGCCUGGGACCGGUCCCUCUCUGUGCAUCCUCUCUCCAUGCUGCUCAAUGGCAUCGUAGAUCCGGCCGUCAUGGGGGGAUACUCCAACUAUGAAAAGGCUUUUUUUACAGAAAAGUACUUGCAGGAGCAUCCUGAAGACCAGGAGAAGAUCGAGCUGCUGAAGAGACUGAUAGCGUUACAGAUGCCCCUGCUGACAGAGGGGAUCCGCAUCCAUGGGGAGAAGCUGACGGAGCAGCUCAAGCCGCUGCACAACCGUUUGUCCUCUUGCUUCCGGGAACUCAAGGAGAAAGUGGAAAAGCUCUAUGGGGUUAUCACACUGCCACCCAACCUGACCGAGAGGAAGCAGAGCCGCACGGGGUCCAUUGUGCUGCCCUACAUCAUGUCGUCUACGCUGCGGAGAUUGUCCAUCACCUCGGUGACGUCCUCUGUGAUUUCCACCUCUUCUAACUCGUCCGAUAAUGCUUCCUCCAGGCCAGGAUCUGAUGGGUCGGUCCUGGAGCCACUUGUGGAGCGCAGGGCCUCGUCAGGUGCCCGAGUGGAAGAUGUGCCCCUCAAAGAGGACAAUGAGAACCGGAUCAGCAAGUCCAAGAGAAAAGAAUGGAGCCUGAGCAAGUCCCAGGUCAUUGCAGAGAAAGCGCCAGAGCCUGAUCUGAUGAGUCCAUCCAGAAAAGCACAAAGGCCAAAGAGUCUCCAGCUGUUGGACAAUCGGCUGACACCGUUUCAUGGUUCUUCACCUCCUCCGUCAACACCCUUGAGCCCGCCUCCCCUCACUCCUAAAGCUACGAGGACCCUAAGCUCCCCAUCUUUGCAGACAGAUGCGCUGGUGACUGCUACUUUGCCUCCUCCCCCUCCCCCCAAAAGCAGCCAGAGGAACUCCUCGGAGGUUGCUCCCCCACUGCCCAUGCGAAGAGAAGCCAAAGUCCCACCCCCACCACCUCCCAAAGCUCGGAAAUCCGGCGUCCUUUCUUCUGAGCCUGGACCCCAGUGAAGACCGUGUCCUCUGAAACACAGAGCGCCUUGGACAGCUGAGGCCGUGUCCUCCCGGAGCCGGGCCCCUGCUGACUGCCUUUCCUGUUCUGGGAGGAGGCUCACCAGCUCAUAACGUUUAGUUCUUUCCUACCUUCUGUCCGAUCGUGCCUGAGGCCAUGCGACAGUUUUAAUCCACGUGGAAUUCCACAAUUGACCUGUCCUGUGCAUUUCUCAAGAGAGCGAGCUCCCUCCCCAUCAUUAAAUUUCAGCCUCAGCGCAGAGCCAGCGGGACCUGCUAAAGCCUGGAAAAGUCCUGUGGUGGCUGGAGCGACCCCAGGAACCCACUCCUUGGACGCAUUUCUUGCUCUGCUGCUGCUGAACAGUUGUGCUUGUGGCGUAGUUUUCUCACGUGGACGUCUGCCACCCCAUAUAACCUAUUGGGAGAGACUGAUAUCAAGUACUUUGAAAUAAUUAUAACUUUCUAUGUCUACUAUGUCUUUUUUGAGGAAAAGAACAUCUUUUUUAAUGAAGACUGGAUCCUCUCAAGUAUGAAUGGCUGUCAUUAUUGACAAACCAUGGACUCUCGUGAGCCCCAAGCUCCUGUCUCCCUCACCCGCGCCCACUUGUGUAACAGGGAAGCUGUCCGCGGCCCUCGGGGGUCCUCCCCACUCCCCACUGGUGGCCCUCACUGCACAGCAGUGGUGCCUUCCUACUGUGACUCCUUCAAAAUUCUUUCUUUUGCACAAACAGUUUCUUGUCCUGUUAGCUCUUCUGAGCUCAAAUCACUGGAUAUAAGGGACUUAGAAGCCCGGGUUCAACAGUUUCUCUUCCAGCCCCCGUUUGGAUGGCUCGGCAGCCCCUCUCUGCAGCCUGAUUUUACCCUGGAGAAUACAGUGCAAUACCGCCUUUUGAUUAUUUAUUCCUCUUGAUUGUGGAUUUAAUUUGAUUAUGUGUUUAUGGUACUAAUGUGAUUUAGGUGAUCAAAUAUCGCCUACACACACAUCAACAGCCACACAAAAUUAAAGAUGUUUUGAGAUA